AUGGCCGCCUUCCUCCCCGUCAACAACUCUUCCCCCGAGGACCACGCCAUGCACGGUGUGACAACUCCCCGUGCCAACCUUAAAGGGGACCCGGUCACCCCAGAACGUUCUUCCGUCGCGGAUCAACGCCCGGACGCUUCCAUGACCGCCGGUAGCGAAGGCCUGUCGCGGGCACCGGCGUCUGGCCAUGCCAGGAACACUUCCUCGUCCGACGAUCACAUGCACGACGAUUCCGAAGGGGAACAUGAUACCGACCACGAGGACGAGCCGGGCAGUGCGCCGCCGUCGAAGAAGAAGAAGGGACAGCGCUUCUUCUGCACGGACUUUCCUCCCUGCAACUUGAGCUUCACUCGCAGUGAACACCUCGCUCGACAUAUUCGCAAACACACUGGCGAGCGUCCUUUUCAAUGUCAUUGCUCGCGCCGCUUCUCCCGACUCGAUAACUUGCGGCAGCAUGCCCAAACGGUGCACGUGAAUGAAGAGAUCCCGGGUGAUUCGUUGGCUGCCACGGGCACUCGAUUCCAACGUCAGGUGCGUACGGACCGAGUGCGUCCACCGGGCCGCGCCCGAGCAGGUACAGGAGGCAGCGCGGGCGGCCACAGCCGCGGUCACAGUAGGAACCUGUCGACCUCGAGUAUCACAUCUACAGCCUCCACCUUCAGCCAACCUCCGGAACUUCGGCGACGACCCCCACCCCUCAUGAUGGCCAACGACCCGACCACUCGGGCUCGUUUAGGACUGGAUCCGAUGGGAGAGCCUCCGAGUACGCCGCCAGGCCAGAUUCGUGGCGUCCCCGGUUCGAGCGGAUCGCCGUAUACUCCAUCCAAUGUGUUCUCUGCCGGGCCGGGUGCUAGCCCGCAGUAUGCCUCUCCUAUGUCCUCUGCAUCCCAUGGCUUUUGGGAAGGUAGAACCGCCGCUCGUCGUCUUUCCGUCCCCACCAGCAGCAAUCCAUUCAUUGCGCAGCACGGCAGCGCAUAUCCUCCAGCCUAUGUCACCUCACCCGCCGGGGCCCCGUACCCGCCGAGCGCGGCCGGUGUCUUUGCGAGCCCGACUAGCACCAACUACCCGUCGUCUCGUGAUGAGGGUACUCUCACCGCAGCCGAGGCGGAAAUGCGGAGAAGAACAUGGCAUCCUUCAACAUAUCCAGCAUUUGGCCGACCAGGAACCAGUGGUCUGAGCCAGUUCCAUACACCCGACACCGUCCAGCCACCAAGCGGUGGAAUCAACAGCAACAAGUCGGAACAUCCUCCCCGACUUCCGGGAAUUGAAAGUUUCGACAAGGUUGUCUCUCAACAACGACCUUUGACUCCUCCUACCCGCAAGCCGAGCCCGAUGCAAAUUGAUACCUACCACCGGCCUCCUCCAAGCCACGCGUUUGGAUCCGGUUACAGCUAUAACCAGCCGUCGGUGCGCCCGGCGCCUCCAAUCUCCGGUCCUGGUCACCGUCGGGGCCAUGUGUCCUGGGACAUGUCAUUGCAUCACAACCUCACGGGUCUUGACAUUCGGGAUCGACGGUCUUCCCGAGAUGCAUCUCAUUGGAGCCAGCAGACGAUUGCAGAGCUCCAAAACGUUUCUUCUCGCCCGUCUUCCUCGUACCAGCCAGCCUUCGGCCCUAUGGUGGAGAGGAGCCCUGAGAAACACCGUGGCCAUGCUCCCAGUCUCUCGACUAGCAGUCGGCCAAACCACCAAUCUCCGGAAGACUCCAGUAGCAGCGAGGGCGUUCACACUCCAUCCACAGCAUCGGUUGAGUACCACCCAGCGAUUGUACACAGCAGCGGAUUUAUUGAAUCGAACGACUCCUCGCUGCCAUCCGACCAUCCUCAACCGAUCUGUGAUCGACAAUCUCCUCACACCGACGGCUACGCGGGUCACGCGGAGCGAGAGCCGCGGACCGGUGUCUUCUCCGACCCAUCUGCACGGGAAUCCGGCAUGGGCCGGUUGGAGGCCCUGGUGGCCGUCGCGACGAGCGAGAACAAAGGAGCAACCAAGCUGUUCCUGUAA